AUGCCCAAAACACAAUCCAACUCUCUGCAUAUCAACUAUCUCGCUCGCCAGUACCCGGACAAUCUGCCUCUUGUCUCGACAGAUGAUAGUCUACCGAACAUUCUGCGCCUGAUUGGCGAAUACGAUGGCGUCUUACAGCGACACGAGAGUAUCGCCGGUAAUCUCGGCGCAUGUCCUCUGGGCCCGAUUCUCAUGAAGCGCUUUGAGCGCUUGUUCGAGGGGCCACCGCGAGUGCUCAAAUCUAAUGGCAAGGAAGGCACCAAUGUGACUUGGCUGGAUGUGGUGGAGUUUGCGAAGAGUAAGCCGGAGCAAUUUAAUCUGGAAAAGACUCGGAAUGGGGUUCGCGUGUGCCAGUUUUAUACAAAACAAUGCAGAGUGGAGAUUUCGGAGGAGGAUUAUGUGUUGAUUGCUUCGGGUAUGCCGCAGAAGCUCAUACCGCCUCAGCCGAUUGAUGAGGAUGAGGAAAAGGAGGUGGGAGUGCUGGAGAUUCUAGAGAAGAAUCUGCAGCAGAUUACUGCUAUGGCAGAUUCUGCUGCCGCGCGCGCAAGACAGUUGAGCUACCGGUUGAAGAGCCGUCGCAACGCUAUCGUCACCCGCCGUGAAAACGACCGAAACAAGUACUCGCAGAGUCCUCCGCUGCAUGAACAUGGUAGUACAGACACUGCAGUCAAUGGAACUGGCUUCAACCCUCCGUCUCCACCAGGUGGUUUCGUUGCUGUCAAUGCGGGCAGGCCGGUCGACGCUGGUGACGAACACCCUAGUCUUUCUUCGCAAUUUAUGCUCAAUCAUCCGAACACGGAUAAUAUUACGAUAAUCAACGGUACCAAUAUCAAAGGCGCAUCGCCAACAACACGUGCGGAACUACUCAAAAAGUUUCUCACAACCGCAGACAGGACAGGCCGAAGUGGCCAGUCGGAGGCUGAAGACUCCUCAUUGACUAGACAGUCGUCGCGAACAGGACCGCGAAGAUCAGAAGCAUCUGAGAUGCCUCCUGUCAUGUUUAGUAACUCGACAGGCACAGUAGCGAUUCCAAAUACUCCGCCAUCGCUGCUACCUCAACCGAAAUCAGUCAACCAUCACGAACGGGAUGAUGGCGGUCCCUUUAAAUUGGAGAUGGUCGCACGCAUGGAGGAUCUCCAACGAGGAGAACGGAUUCUGCCGCCGUGUGAUCGAUGUCGUCGCUUGCACAUGGAUUGCUUGAAGAAUCUGACAGCAUGCAUGGGUUGUACCAAGAAACAUGCCAAGUGUUCGUGGAAGGAUGUCAAGGAAGAGGAACUCCGUGAUCUUCAGCCUCGCCAACCGCGCGCUCAUGUUGAUGAGCAGCGAGACUUUGCUCGGCCUGCUGCUCCUGAUAGCAACAACCAUCAAGAUGAGCAUAGUGCAGAUCACAGUCAUCCACAUCACAGCAAUCUAUAUACACCCCACGACAACCAUAGUGAACCGCACCCUACCCCCCACAAAGCUUUGGUGCUGGCACAAUCGGAGCCACCAUCUUCUCAUCCGUACAGCCAGCACCAAGCGCCUCGCGAACAUGCGACAGCACCUCGACGAGCGAACAGCGAUGUUCACAUCAUGCUCAACCACGACCAACACCCGGACACUCAUCACCAACAUCAUCACCACCAGCCACAACACCAGCAUCAACAACAUCCGCCGCAACCCCAACAUCAACAUCAGCCUCAACACGACCGUCGAAGCUCAUUCCACCAUCGCAAUAUCCUUCACGAUAAUAACUCCGUUAAUAACGCUAAUACCCACCACCGCAACAACCAUCUCCGCAACGAGACGGAUAACGAUCCCGAUGCGAAUUCGAGAUUGAUGCAAGCGAUUAAAGACACAGUUGAUCAUCACAGUACGAGAGUUCAGAAGCAUAUACGAGAUGGUGAAUAA